UUCAAGUCGGAUAUAUAGUAUGGCCUUGUUUUCUAUUGAAAACAGUUGGAUUAAGCAUUAUAUGAAAAACUUCACUUACUCUCCUUUCUUUAUAAUUGGGAAAGCCUUUUUGUAAUAUGUUGACAUCGAUUUAGUGGUUGUUGAAAAUGGCGUGAACUGCUAUUGCCUAUCUAAUUUGAAUUCUAUGCAGUUAUACGGGAUUAUUAGGUAGUUUCUUUGUGUACCCAAGAUGUUCUUUAGCUCGAGUCAAGGUUUCGCGAGAUGAUUCUUCAAUAUAAAUGGCAUCACAAUCGACACAUCCUAAUUUUUAGACACAGUUCAGUGUUGACAUAAAGGGGAUUUUUCCUUUUAAGCGAACUAAAGUAUUUCGAAAUGUCUUCGUUGUUUUGUAUUAUACUUCGGUUUAACCAGCCAAACAACAUCACUAGCUCUCAUAUGAACAUUAUGUGACUCAUAGUCUGGAGUAUACAAAUGUUCACUUAUUAAAUCAGUUAUAGAAAGCAAUCUAACAAAUUGUAUAGUUGAGUGAUUUAGUCAUAAAAUUUAAUUGUAUUUUUAGCCUAAUACCACUACUUUGUCCCACGCAAAUGAGUUUAUCUUCCAUGCCGACUUACAAGUACUAGUAAUGCUCUGUAGCUUGUUCAUUAAGUAGAACGUAUACAAUAUGUACGUUAGUUGUUGGUUUUUGUGGGAAGUUUGUAUCAUUUUGGUAGUUAUCAUCAUCGCAAUAUGGGCUAUCACUUGGAGAAAAUGGAUAAAUAAUUUGCAGUAGUAUUAAGAAUACCAAUCAUUAAACCUAUCUUGUUUUCAUUUACAUUUAAAGAUGUCAUGACUGUUCUAACCAGAUUGCUAACUACCAUCUCAACAUAGUGCACAUGACGUCAAGUUAUUCAGACUAAUGGCUACAUAAUUAUUUGAUUGAUACAAUUCAAUCAACAUCAAGAAAGUAGACAAAUAUAAUAUUAAUCGCUAUUCAGUAAUCAAUUAGUUCUCCCUACAUGCAGUCAAUCACAGUUCGAAUGACUCAAUAGCAAUCCCUCAAACUGUUAAGCUGGAUUCAAAUCCUACAGGGAUUAUCUGUAUAUUCAAGUUUUCAGGUACGCCUUUUUAAGGAGUGUCAACCAACUCAAAAAAACUAGGUUUAUGGUUUCCUCCUAGCUAGACUUUGUUCGACUGUUACUGUCGAAUGACUAAGCAAUUAUAUAACACUUUUCACUACAGUCUAAGUAAUCAGUCAUUAGUUGUCAGUGUCUUAUGAACCAUUCAUGUUGAUUUCAUAAAGUCCUGUUGGCUUUAUAAUAAACAAGAUUAAUUUGCCCAUGAUUAUCUUCUGACAUAGCAUCAUUUGACCACAUAAUUACUAGAAAUUUGAUUUGUUUAUUUGUUAUAGAAUGGCUGAAAAGGCCGACGAUUUAUACUUGCCAAAUGCAGUACUUCUUCGAAUUAUCCGUGAAUCAGUAAGUGUUUGAUUACAUGUAUCUGUGUGUGCUUCCAAGUGUUGUAUUGAAUUUUGUCUUGCCUUACUGAAUAUAUUGAGAAACCUUCCAAAAAAAAUUUUUUUGUACAGAAUUCGAUGGCUAGAUUAGGCUUUUUGAACAUUUUCUUUAGCUUUUAACUACAGUAGGAUAAAGAGUAAAUAUUUUAAACUAUUCGUAAUCAUUACUUUACUAGUGAGAUUUCCUAAAUGCAAACUGAUUACAUUUACUAAUCGUUAUACACUACCGAAAACUGUUUUACCUAACUCUUAGUUUUUGUAUAUAAAUCUAAAAUUCGAUCAAGAUAGAUGAGAAAGUCUUACACUAGGUGAAUGCUAACGUAACUAACUUGGUAUUGUAGAUUGGAAUCUUUCUGACAGGACUGACUACAGUGACUAACUAGUGUAACCCCAUAUCUGUCAAUUAUCCAUAACUGUGAAGAUCAUUUAUAUACUAUCUUUGAUUUAUAGUUGAAAGUACGUAACGAAAUAAUAAUAAUUUAAGUGGGAUGAAUCCAUUCUCCGUCAACUUCCUCCUAGAACAUUGGGACUUGCAUUUAAACCUAGUAUAUAAAAAUUGAAUUUUCAUUCAUCCCUGGAUUAAUGAAGAAAUAAUUAAAUAUAUGUGUUAUGACGAAAUGUUAGACACUAGAUAGUCCUAGACAUAAAGAUAUUCGUCUUUAUUUAGAGCUCAACGACAAUCCACACUUACGAAUUCCAACCGAGUCGAACUAAAAAUACUUAGAUCUCUCUCCGGUAGGACAAAGUGUCCUUAGGUUCUUUCCAACUUUGAUAUGUCAAUUUAUACUAUUCAGCGCGAUCAUUAUCCAAUAAUAUUAUUGAGUAAUCACUGGCUCACUCCAAAUACACCUUAAAACUAAAAAACAAUCUCUUUAAAGUGAUUCACAAAUUUUAUUAACUGUCCUGAUUUAUUUAUUUAUUUAUUUUAACAAAUAAAUAUUGGUACAAGAGGGCACCAAAUAUAUAUGCGCCACACCAUAUUUGUGUGUGUGUGUGUGUGGGCUGUGAUACUGCCCGGGUGCCCAGAACGAAGCAGGUGGUUUUCUUAGGGGGCCACACCCCGAGCCUUUGACCUAAAGGUCUGAUCCACAAUGCAGUGGAGCAUCGUGAGGAGAUGCAGUCCCAUGGUAACCGGUGACCAACAAUUGGUUCGUACGCCAUUUGUUCCCUCAGGAUACUGGAGCCUAUGUGCACCAUUGGCUUGUGAUCCGGUUAAAGCUCCGGACAUUCGCUUUUCAUCCUCUCAUUUUCGUAAACAGCACCCCUGGUGUGAGAAGGCAGUGAGUAGAACUUCCCUGGCAGAGGCUGUAUACGCGUGGCCAUGUGAGAGCAUUUGGAAAGGGGGGAGGGCCCACCCCACUCUCGGCCAUACCAGGACAUUCGGGGACGCCCUAAUUUAUUACUGUCAAUUUACAAUAAGAAAUUUAUAUUCAAAGAAUUAUAUCCAGUAAGUGAUAGAGAUUAUUGUUCUGUUUAUAACUAACUUGUUAAGAAACAUAUUUAAUUUUGUAGUCUCUUCAUAUUUUCAUUUUUCCUGUUUCAAAAAUUAUUUUGAUAAAAUAAAUAAGGAUAUAAAAUAGAAUAUAACGGUACCAUGAACUCGUCCCAGUUAUUAUUUUGUCUUAAAGAGCAGAAAGACUACAUUUUGUCCCCCCCUCCACAUACACACAACACCCACCCAUUCAUAUAAUCUGUGCAAUCUGAAUGAAUUACCUAGAUAUUGUCAUUUAAUCACAAAUUUUUAAUAAAGUUGAGUAAUGACUAGUAGUUGAAUGUAUGAUUAAUGUUUCGUCCUAUUCGGAAUUCGUUAACCAGAUUCAUUCCAGUACUAAUGUUGAACUUAAUACCUUUUACUUCAAACUUAAAUACAUCAUCAACUGAACUACUAAAUUAACUUAAUCAGUAGUUUAUUCAAUGAGUUACAAAUUUUAUUUCUCCCAUUGUUGUGUCAAGAACUGUAAUCUAUCAAUUACCAUUGGCAUAGAUUUUUGAGGAAUUUCAAAAUAUCUCAUAUCAAAGAGUUUAAAGUCUCAGAAAAUGGAUGAGCACACUCUGCCUAAUUAACAAUGAAUGGAAGCUUUUUAGAAACAUUAAAAACAAGCGUCACACUAAUUGAAUAAUCGUCUAUAUUGUUGUUAUAUUUGGCAUGUUUUCAGAAAUUUCUAGAUGGUCAAUAUCACAUAAAAGUCAAUAAGUACACUCGAUCCUCUGUACAUACUUAGCAUUGAUACAAAGUACUUUCUCAUUUUUUAUGUGUUGGUUUUAUUGUUCGAGUUGAAGCAGUAGUUUGGGGCUAUAAGAAGAAGCUAGGAAGUCAGUAAUAAACGUCCCUGGAGAUAACGCGUUAUUGUUUUUGGAGCAAAACAUACUAAGUUCAAAUCUCAUUAUGAUAAUCAAUACGCAUGCCUGUGUGUCCAACUGACAAGUUUCAAAUAUAAAAAAAGCAUAAAUAUCUAUUCACUGUUAAUGCAUUUAACUCAUUUUUUGAUGUAUUUACCUUUACGUUUCUUUUUUUGCCCCCUUGUCUCCUUAUAGUUACCUGAACGCACUCUUGUCAGUCGUGAAGCACGUUCAGCAAUUAGCAAAUCGGCUAGUUCCUUUAUACUUUAUGUAACAUCAUUAGCCAGUGUGCAUUGUGAGAAAUCAAAACGUAAAACGUUAACAGGAAGUGAUAUAUUAGCUGCUUUAAAAGAAAUGCAAUUUAAUCAUUUUAUACCAGCACUAAAUGCAUUUUUAGAUAAAUAUCGUGAGCAGAUAGUUUUAAAAAAAUCGAAUAAACGUCUACAUAGUGAGAAUGAAGAAGAAAUAUCUUCUGAAAAACUGUCUCAAAUUCCAUCAUCUUCAACAUCACACCUAAAACAUCUAGACAGUAAUUUUACCACAGUUGAAGAUGAUGACAAUGAUGAUGUCGUUGGUGAUGAUGCUGAUGAGGAAGAAACUGAAGAAGUGGAAGAUGUAGAUGUUAUAGAGGUAGAUAAUGACGAUGUCAUUGAAAUUACAGAUACUCAUAUGGAAGAAGGUAACGUAAAAAAUGACCAACUAGGUGUUGGUAUUAGUGAUGACGAUGAAGAUGACGGCAAUUCUCAGAGCACAGAAGCUUUAAAUGAAAAUGAAGAUUCGUUUUAGUUUGUUUUUUUUUUGUACGCUUUUGUCAGUACUAUGAAACACUAUAAAGUGAACUAUACUAAUGCAUUUUUUCCUGGUAUUUAUAUCAAGAUAUUUCAAUAUGUUGCGUUUUUUUCUGUAAAUUAUUUAUGUUAAACUCCUUUUUCUAUAUUGUAACAAUUUUGAUAAAAGAAGCUUCCUUCAGAUAUUUUUACCAAAUAUAUUUUAGAUUUUUAUACUUCCUCCUUGUGUCCAUCCAAUAACUUUAUAUGUACAUUCAUUAGACGACCUAAAAACCACUGAAUUUCGUACACUAGAUGGUGGUUGGAGGAAACCUUAGACCCGGGUUUCGUGCUACUUGGCACUCGUCAGCAACGUGUACCUGUAAUCUUGAGGACACUGGUGCUCUCUGACGGAUUCGAUCCCGUGUCACUCAGCUUCACAGUCAGACAUUACCAUUAGGCUAUCCGGGCCGUGACCAACCUCCUGUAGGACUGAGAUGUAAUCACAAUUGAUUGAUCACUGGGUGGCGAUCAAUGUCAUGUGUGUCAAUAGCAUUCGAUCUGCACUAAGAAGGACUUGACAUAGUGAUGAAUCAAUUGUAAUUUCGUACACUGUCUCACUAACCUUCGAUAAGGCCUUUUUUUACAGCUCGAUAAAUGAUUUUUUUGUUCAAAUUGACGAUUCAUGUGAUUAAUUUUGAUGAAAUAUAGUGAAUACAAUAUGUCACAACGGCUGCAGUUUAUCGUUUGAACUAAAGUAGUUAUUCGUCUGUUGGCUAUGAAUUUUCUACCUUAGUGCAUUCUGUUGAUAAGAUCUUCAAGUUCUAUCUUUCGUAAUCCAAUGUAGAUGACUGUAUCUUUUUGUACAGAUGAAUGACUGAUCAGUAAAAAUCUAGUAUAUGAAAGAUGAGACAAUCAAAAUCGAAUCAAAACUUGGGU